AUGCCGGCUCCCGCCCAGACACGGGCCUUGAGGUCGAGGACCGUGAACAUCGAGGACACCGAGCCGGACGACGCGCCCAUGACAACUCCUGUCGCUGUCUCGCUGAAGAGGACGCUACCGCUGAGCCGCCACGCCGCUGAGCCGCCACGCCGCUAUGCCACCCGUCGUACGAACAAUCCACAUCCGGCCCUUUCAGCAGGUCUCCGCAAGCGGACGAACGCAGAGGUUCAGGAGGAGGCGGAGAGGAAGCAGUCGGAAAGGGAGCUCGAGCUCGAACGCAGGGAAGCCGAGCUUGAACAGCGGGAGCUCGAGGUUGAGCGGAAGACGCAGAGUUUUGCCAGCUUCGAGCAAAACCUGAAGUCGCGUCGUGAUGAGGAUACCAUGGAACACAUUUUUGACGACGAAGAUGCUGCUAUGGAGGAUAUAGGACAAGGAGAAGACAUCGCGGAAGCCGCCUCCAAGUCGGACGAGGACGACGAUGAUUACGAGGUGCAGAGCGAGCAUGGCGGAUCCGACGAGUCUCAGCCUGCACAUUCAGAUGAUUCGGACGAAUCUGAUGGCAAUGUUGUCACCGGUACGAAGAGGAAGGCUGGCAAAAAGACCAAGGAGGAUCGGAAGUCCAGCGCGAAGAAGAAGAAGACGAACAAAGAGCGUAGGGAGGAGAUAUUGGGUGAAAUCCAGAGAGCGAAGGAGAUCCAGGCUACUCAGGCAGAGGAGGAUGAGGCGGACGAGGCGGACAAGGAGGACGAGGAGCGCGAGGACGGACAGACGUUGAAAGCGAGCUCAAAAUCGACCACGAAGCCCAAGCCUACAUCCAAAUCCAAGUCCAAGCCAGCACCGAAGCCAGCACCGAAGCCAGCACCGAAGCCAGCACCGAAGCCUGUGUCCAAGCCUGCACCGAAGCCUGCGUCCAAACACUAUGGGCUUGAAGGCGGACUGGAAGACUGCGGUCGCGUCACGUCGUUCACAAACACCGAAGUCACAGGCAAUGCCAAAUGGAGCCGACGUCAGGACUCGAUCGAACACAUCGGAGGGUUCACAGACGACGACGUUACCGUUGGCUCAGGACCUGCGAAGCGUGGCUAUGCUCAGCUAGCGCAGGUCUUUCAGAAGGGGAAAGGGGUCGAUGAGGAGCAGUUCGGAGGGAGUACGAAGAAGAAGCGACGCGCGAAGGGUGCCGUCCCAGACGAGAAGUCUCUCUCGGUCCACGCCUUACCCAAGUUCAUUCAGCCGCACUGGAAGAACGCCUUUGUGCCGACGAUGCUCCAGCUGAUCGGCGAAAGCGAGCAGCCCUGGGCGUAUGCAAGUGGCAAAAACCCCGCCGAAGACAACCUCCUUGUCGACCUCGUGCAGGGUCUUGUAGAUAGAUUCUGGCCGGAGGAACAAUAUGUGGUUGAUGGGUCGGAUAAGGUCUAUCGCAUUGCGCGCCAAGCCGUCAACGACUGGCGCGCUCGCUUUGUCUCUCGGAUCAAGACGUUCGUGAAGGACGAGUUCGCCAAAUCGUGCGAAGCCAAGGGCUUGCUUUCUGGGCCGUCUACGAUUCCGAGGUGA